GCCUAUGUUCGUUGUUCGUUCGCACAGAGUGUUCAGUUAUAAUGGUUAAUAAUUCACUCGGUCUCCGUUCUCCGCUGAUAAAUUCUUCUUGAGGACUGCGCCGCCGUGUGUAUGGUUGCAAAUUGUUUCGCGUUGAGUUAUAUCGGUGGCGGUGGUUUUCCAGCGUCAUUUGCCGGCAUCGUUUGUAAAUUUGCAGUAUUUUAACCCGUUGCGUUCCGGGGCUCAAGUGUUGGAAUAGAUUUCUUAGUCGCAGUCGUUUAUCUUUUUUGUGACAUUUUUUAUAACUAAAUCAUACUCCCGUCGACAAACAAAACAUCCCUGGAAAAACACACAAACACAAACAGUAAGACGUGAAAUAAAGGCAAACGUACAUCUAUGAAACCAUCCAUCGCUGUGUGAUUGUUAUACAUUUGUGGUAUUAUAUAUUUUUUCAAAUUGAAAACAGAAAGAAGAAAAAAGGCAAAAUUCAAAGAAAGAAAAGUUCUGUGGAAUAACAACCCAAGUGUAAGGCCAGGAAACCCGAUAAAGCGAGAUAGAAAGAAAAAAUCUUCCGCAGCGAGAAGAAGUGCUCCACCACAUAAAAAAAGCGAAGAAUAUAAAGAAGCAGAAAAAAUAAGUUAGUGACUCGUUUCGUUAGGAAACUUCUCCGUUCGGUGUGGAGAGCAACUAGCCGCCGCCGCCGCCGCCCCAAGUGGAGCUAAAUAACAACAAAUAUCUGGCCAUUAUUCUGGUGUGGCUUCAGAGAGAGUACAACGAGCCGCUUUUGUUUGGCGUUUGAUUGCGGGUUUGAACGCAGUGUACGGUCGUCACACCCACUAGUCGCGGCAAGAUGGCAGAUGAUUUGCGUGAUCGCAACGAUCCGGAGCUGAAGUACCUCUCGGUCGAACGGAACUCCUUCAAUGAUCCGGCCACGCAAGCCGAGUGGACACAGAAACGGCUCGUCUGGGUUCCGCACGAGACACAGGGCUUUGUCGCCGCCAGUAUCAAAGGCGAACGCGGCGAUGAGGUCGAGGUGGAACUGGCCGAAACGGGCAAACGCGUCCUGGUCCUGAAGGACGACAUCCAGAAGAUGAACCCGCCCAAAUUCAACAAGGUGGAGGACAUGGCCGAGCUCACCUGUCUAAACGAGGCAUCCGUGCUGCACAACAUCAAGGACCGCUACUACUCCGGACUUAUUUAUACUUACUCCGGCUUGUUUUGCGUGGUGGUCAAUCCCUACAAAAAGCUGCCCAUCUACACCGAGAAGAUCAUGGAGAAGUACAAAGGGAUCAAACGGCACGAGGUGCCGCCGCAUGUAUUCGCAAUCACAGACACCGCGUACAGAUCGAUGCUUCAAGAUCGAGAGGACCAGUCCAUCCUGUGUACCGGUGAGUCGGGUGCUGGUAAGACCGAGAACACAAAGAAAGUGAUACAGUAUUUGGCCUACGUGGCGGCCUCCAAGCCGAAGGGAUCCGUUGCGGCACCGUCACCAGCACUCAUUAUUGCUGGUCACUCAUCAAGCCUAUCGGGAGAACUGGAACAGCAACUUCUGCAAGCUAACCCGAUCCUGGAAGCCUUCGGUAAUGCUAAAACCGUCAAGAAUGACAACUCUUCCCGAUUCGGUAAAUUCAUCCGGAUCAACUUCGACGCCUCCGGGUACAUCUCUGGUGCCAACAUCGAGACGUACCUGCUGGAGAAGUCCCGUGCCAUUCGCCAGGCGAAGGAUGAGCGUACAUUCCACAUUUUCUACCAGUUGCUGGCGGGCGCUUCACCCGAGCAGCGCGAAAAGUUCAUUCUGGACGACAUGAAGUCGUACCCGUUCCUGUCCAACGGGAACCUCCCGGUGCCCGGAGUGGACGAUCACCUCGAGUACCAGGCCACCGUUAAGAGCAUGCACAUCAUGGGCAUGACCGAGGAGGACUUCAACUCAAUCUUCCGCAUCGUCAGCGCGGUGCUGCUGUUCGGCUCGAUGAAGUUCAAGCAGGAGCGCAGCUCGGAUCAGGCGACACUGCCGGACAAUACGGUCGCACAAAAGAUCGCCCACCUGCUGGGACUAAGCGUGACGGACAUGACCAAGGCGUUCCUGACGCCACGCAUCAAGGUGGGCCGGGAUUUUGUCACCAAGGCACAAACCAAGGAGCAGGUGGAGUUCGCGGUGGAGGCCAUCGCGAAGGCAUGCUACGAGAAGAUGUUCAAGUGGUUGGUGAACCGCAUCAACCGAUCGCUGGACCGAACCAAGCGACAGGGUGCCUCCUUCAUUGGUAUACUCGAUAUGGCUGGCUUCGAGAUCUUCGAUCUGAACUCGUUCGAGCAGCUUUGCAUUAAUUACACCAACGAGAAGCUGCAGCAACUGUUCAAUCACACUAUGUUCAUCCUCGAGCAGGAAGAGUACCAACGCGAGGGUAUCGAAUGGAAGUUUAUCGAUUUUGGGCUGGAUCUGCAGCCAACGAUCGAUUUGAUCGACAAACCAGGUGGUAUCAUGGCGCUGCUGGAUGAGGAAUGUUGGUUCCCCAAGGCAACCGAUAAGACCUUCGUCGAGAAGCUUGCUACCGCCCACACCAUGCACCCUAAGUUUAUGAAGACCGACUUCCGAGGGGUUGCCGAUUUCGCCGUGGUGCACUACGCCGGUAAGGUCGACUACUCCGCAACCAAGUGGUUGAUGAAAAAUAUGGACCCUUUGAACGAAAACAUUGUCUCGCUGCUGCAAAGCUCCCAAGAUCCGUUCGUGGUUCAAAUCUGGAAGGAUGCCGAGAUUGUGGGAAUGGCUCAGCAAGCGCUCACCGACACCCAGUUUGGUGCCCGUACCCGCAAGGGUAUGUUCCGAACGGUUUCCCACCUCUACAAGGAACAACUGGCCAAGCUUAUGGACACCCUUCGCAACACGAAUCCGAACUUUGUUCGUUGCAUCAUUCCUAACCACGAGAAACGGGCUGGCAAAAUUGACGCUCCGCUGGUUCUCGACCAGCUGCGCUGUAAUGGUGUUCUCGAAGGUAUCCGUAUAUGUCGCCAGGGCUUUCCCAAUCGUAUUCCCUUCCAGGAGUUCCGCCAGCGGUAUGAACUACUCACUCCGAACGUUAUUCCGAAGGGCUUCAUGGAUGGUAAGAGAGCUUGCGAGCAGAUGAUUCGGGCCCUCGAGCUGGACAACAAUCUGUACCGCAUUGGGCAAUCGAAGAUCUUCUUCCGGGCUGGAGUGUUGGCCCAUUUGGAGGAGGAGCGUGAUUAUAAGAUCACCGAUUUAAUCGUCAACUUCCAGGCGUACUGUCGUGGGUUCCUGGCUCGUCGCAACUAUCAGAAGCGCCUUCAGCAGUUGAAUGCUAUCCGAAUUAUACAACGUAACUGUGCGGCCUAUCUGAAGUUGCGUAACUGGCAGUGGUGGCGAUUGUAUACGAAGGUGAAACCGCUGCUGGAGGUUACUAAGCAGGAGGAAAAGUUGGUACAGAAGGAAGAUGAGUUGCGGCAGAUUCGCGAUAAGUUGGAAAACUUGUCCAGAAACUCUCAGGAGUACGAGAGGAAGUUCCAGCAGGCAAUCGAAGAGAAAACGCACCUGGCGGAACAACUCCAGGCUGAGAUCGAGUUGUGCGCCGAGGCCGAGGAGGGUAGGGCCAGGCUGGCGGCCCGCAAGCAGGAACUUGAAGAACUCAUGCAGGAUUUGGAAGCCCGCAUCGAAGAGGAGGAAGAACGCGUCAAUGCCUUAACUAGCGAAAAGAAGAAGCUUCAGAUCAACAUCCAAGAUCUGGAGGAACAGCUGGAGGAGGAGGAAGCUGCCCGUCAGAAGUUGCAGCUGGAGAAGGUGCAGUUGGAUGGCAAGUUGAAGAAGAUGGAGGAAGAUAUCGCUCUGACCGAGGAUCAGAACCAAAAGCUGUCGAAGGAGAAGAAAAUUAUCGAAGAACGUGCCAACGACUUGUCGCAGACCCUUGCCGAAGAGGAAGAGAAAGCCAAGCAUCUGGCUAAGCUUAAGGCGAAGCACGAGUCCACUAUCGCCGAGCUGGAGGAAAGGCUGCUAAAAGAUCACCAGCAACGUCAGGAAUCGGAUCGUUCCAAGCGAAAGAUCGAAACCGAAGUGGCUGAUUUGAAGGAGCAAAUAAAUGAGCGCCGGGCACAGAUUGAGGAGAUGCAACAGCAGCUGGUGAAACGCGAGGAGGAGCUCACGCAAACGCUGUUCCGAAUUGAUGAGGAAUCCGCGGCUAAAGCUGCCGCCCAGAAGGCUCAGCGCGAGCUGGAGUCGCAGCUGGCGGAGAUUCAGGAGGAUUUGGAGGCGGAGAAACUGGCCCGCUCCAAGGCCGAGAAGCAGAAACGCGAUCUGAACGAGGAGCUGGAGGCGCUGAAAAAUGAACUGCUGGAUUCACUGGACACGACCGCAGCCCAGCAAGAGUUGCGCUCCAAGCGUGAACAGGAGGUCGCAACACUCAAGAAAACACUGGAGGAUGAAUCGUCCAACCAUGAAAGUCACAUAUCGGAUAUGCGUCACAAACACGCUCAGGAAAUUUCCUCCAUCAAUGAGCAGCUGGAGAAUUUCAAAAAGCUGAAGGGUGGCUUGGAGAAGGCGAAACAAGCGCUGGAGGCGGAGAAUGCCGAUUUGGCUACCGAGCUGAGGAACGUCAACCAGUCUCGCCAGGAGGGCGAUCGGCGCCGGAAGCAAGCCGAGACUCAGAUUGCGGAAUUACAGGUUAAACUAGCCGAGGUAGAUCGCGCUCGUUCGGAGUUGCAGGAUAAGGUCAAUAAGCUGCAACAGGAGUCGGAAAACAUCACCCAACAAUUGGAUGAAGCCGAACUGAAAGCAUCCGCCGCAAUCAAAAGUGCCAGCAACAUGGAGAGUCAGCUCACAGAAGCCCAGCAGCUGUUGGAGGAAGAAACUCGCCAGAAGCUUGCGCUGAGCUCCAAACUGAGACAGCUCGAGAGUGAGAAGGAAGCGCUCCAGGAACAACUGGAGGAGGAUGAGGAGACCAAGAAAAAUUACGAGAAGAAGUUGGCCGAGCUGAACAUAACCAUCCAAGAGAUGAAGAGGCGAUCUGAGGAAGACUCUGACAUUGCGAAGGAGUUGGAGGAAUCGAAGAAGAAAAUGAACAAGGAUAUCGAAACCCUGCAGCGACAAAUCCAGGAACUGCAGGCGGCUAACGAUCGGCUGGACAAGAGCAAAAAGAAGAUCCAGUCGGAACUGGAGGACGCUACCAUCGAGCUGGAAACCCAACGCACCAAGGUCCUCGAGCUGGAGAAGAAACAGAAGAACUUCGACAAAGUGCUCGCCGAAGAGAAGGCCGUCAGCGAACAGAACGCCCAAGAGCGGGACGCAGCGGAACGGGAAGCUCGGGAGAAAGAAACCAAGGUUCUCUCGUUGACGAGAGAACUCGACGAAGCGUACGAGAAGAUUGACGACCUGGAAAGCAAACGCAAGGCACUGCAGAACGAGCUGGACGAGUUGGCUAAUACUCAGGGAACAGCUGACAAGAACGUUCAUGAGCUGGAGAAGGCCAAGCGUGCGCUAGAAAGCCAACUAGCCGAAUUGAAAGCACAAAACGAAGAGUUGGAAGACGAUCUGCAGCUCACGGAAGAUGCCAAGCUACGCCUCGAGGUCAACAUGCAAGCACUACGCGCACAGUUCGAGCGGGACAUCCAAGCUAAGGAGGAACAGUCCGAAGAGAAGCGACGGGGUCUGGUGAAAGCGCUCCGUGAUCUGGAAGCUGAACUGGACGAGGAGCGGAAGCAGCGAACGGCUGCCGUAGCGGCCAAGAAGAAACUCGAAGGUGACCUGAAGGACAUCGAAGCAACCCUCGAGAUGAACACCAAGGUCAAAGAGGACGCCCUCAAACAGGCCAAGAAACUGCAAACCCAAGUCAAGGAUGCCAUUCGGGAUGCCGAGGAAGCUAAGGCAGCUAAAGAGGAAUUAGCUGCCGUUAGCAAGGAGGCGGAGCGCAAGGCGAAGGCGCUCGAGGCAGAAGUUAUGCAACUAUCGGAAGACUUUGCCAGCUCGGAACGAGCCCGACGGGCAGCCGAAGCUGAACGAGACGAACUGCUCGAGGAAAUCAAUUCCAACUCCAACAAGGGCUCGCUCAUGAUCGAUGAAAAGCGACGACUGGAGGCUCGCAUCGCCGCCCUCGAGGAGGAACUCGAGGAGGAGCAAUCGAACGCCGAACUUCUCGUGGACCGUAACCGCAAGGCACAACUCACCGUCGAACAGCUGACCACCGAACUGCAGGCAGAGAAAUCCAACUCGCAGAAGUACGAGAACGUGAAAACUGGCCUCGAGCGGCAGAACAAGGAAUUGAAGGCAAAAUUGUCCGAACUGGAGACCGCCCAACGCACCAAGGUGAAAGCAGCGAUGGCCAGCCUCGAGGCCAAGAUUGCCAACCUCGAGGAACAGCUGGAGAACGAAACCAAGGAGCGACUCACCGGCCAGAAGGCCAACCGCAAGCUGGAGAAGAAGAUCAAGGAGCUCACGAUGAACAUCGAGGAUGAGCGGCGACAUGCCGACCAGUACAAGGAACAGAUCGAGAAGAUGAACAACCGCAUGAAAAUCUUGAAGCGAAAUCUCGACGAGGCCGAGGAGGAGAUCCAAAAGGAAAAGACACAGAAACGCAAAGCCCAGCGGGAGUGCGAAGAUAUGCUUGAGAGCCAUGAAGCGCUCUCGCGGGAAGUUAACUCGCUCAAAACGAAACUGAGACGCGGCGGCAUUGGCGUGAGUUCGUCCCGACUGACGACACCGAAGCGCGAGAACGACUCGAUCGUCCAGGAUGAAUCGCUCGAUGGUGAGGACAACAGCAACUGACGACUGACGAGCACGUCUUCCAGCUAUCUUUCCAACUUUUAUUAGAAUUGGAGUGGAAUGGGGCAGUAUGAUAGAGUUCGGAACAGUAUAGCAGCAAAAGCAGCAGCAGCAGCAGCAUCAGUAUCCCCAGGUAUGAGCGAAUGAUGAGCGCGCGAGUGUACUUUUUUAUUCGAAAAACAAAUGCCAAGAGAGAGAGAGAGUGCGAACGAGAUAGUAGAGCUGGUGGUAACGCAAAAUAAAAUCAUUCUUUGUUGUAUUAAAAUAUUUCGUAAUAUAAUGUAAUGAAGGAAGAAUUACCGAACCCGUCGGGGGAACGCAUGCCUUCCUUCCGUUUUGAAUGUAUUUAGGAGAAAGAAAUGAAAUAGCAGCGGUGAAAAAGAGGAUGAUAAGUCAUAGCUGAGUCGGCAAGAGAAACAAAAAAAACGUAUUUAGCGCGUAAGUGAUGAACAUUUUCCUAAAACAAAAAGCAACCAAGUAACGAUUAAAAAUAAAUCAGCAAAUAAGUAAAUCCCUUAUGAACAAUUACCAUUUCACUGAGUACUUUACCGAAUGUAUAAAACGUACAUGAUUUUUGCUAGAUCAACGAGAUAGAAGAAUAAACAAAAACAGUAGCAACUGAAUGCGAUUUCGUCGUUAGCGACUGGGCUAGGAAAAAAGGGGCGCGAAAUCAUUUUAGGAGCGGUGGGAAAAGAAGCAGGAUGUUUUUAUACUAUCGAAAUGAAGGUUAAAUUCAUAACAUUUGAACCGAGGAGCAUUUAGAUACGUUUAUAUAUGUUACGAAAAUUGAUUGUUUUUAAUUAUUAUUAUUAAAAUAAUUAACUUCUAUCUUAAUUUUUUUAUAUCAUCUUUAAGUUUUCCAUUUCUUCCUUUUUACACGGACAAGACAUACACAGACACACACACACAUGAACACAUAACAACAAAAUGAUUCCAUUUUUAGCACUUCUCAAUUAACAAAACAAGCAAAACAAUGAUAAGUGGAACGAAAAAAUCAGUAGCUGCCUAAGGAUAAAGUUCGCUUUUUUAUAUUAUUAACAAGAGGAAAGUCCCUAGUUGAACCAGAAGAAUCCGUUAAAUAAAAUUAUUGCAAGUAAA